AUGCCCACUGAGACUGCCGUUGAAUACUUGACCAGCGCUCCCCGGAUUUGCCAAACUCAACCAAUGCACUGGACCUUCCUUGACGGCCCUCCUGAUGGAACAGUCAUGCUCACUUGGCAGCCGUUGAACCACCUGGGUAACAACUUUGCUAGCGAUGGAUAUGUUUGGGCAGACCAAGAGCAGGUCUUUACCUUUGAAGCUCGCGGAUACUCUGUUGAGAUGUACCUUCACCGCAGUGGCUUCCACCCUCCCAAUGAACCCGUUGCGACUCAUUGUCGCAAACGCUAUCGUAUCACUUCCUGCAAAGUUCCCAAUGCUCCUCAGCCAGACCCCUCCCUCUGGAUCGUCCACUACUCGCGCGCAGCUCCCCAGGACCAUGCACCAGCAAACCGAAUUCCUGCCACCCCCCAGAUCCAAGGAAUGAUGGGUCAGCGUCGUUUCCUUCAGAGCCAAGGACAACUGGCUCGCAAGGACUUUUUGCUUCACGACCGAAACAAUUGGCCAGUCAUCAACUAUCCACAGAUGGCUCCUCAAAAUUUUGGACAACCCGGUGCUUUCCCAAAUGCCCAGCCACGUGGGCCGGGUUUCUACCCUCCCCAGGGCCACCCAAGUGCUGCAGUUCCACCCAGUGUGGCCGCAGCUAAAGGCCCGCGCGGCCACCGUGCACCCUCAUCUGCUCUUGCUUCCGCUACUGCCGAUUUCGCCGUUGAAGACGAGGAUGUGUCUGGCGGCGACACAAUGGAUCUCCUGACGCCCCGCGAUGUUAGCAAAAUGCGGUAUCAACAGCACCACGAGUGGAUGGAGGAAAUAUUCUCAUCACCAUACAGCAUUACGCAAAUCACGCCAGUCUCUCUGGGUCUGGGCCGAAAGGGCGAACUUGAAUCACUGACUGCGGGCUUCUUUGAUGCUCCUGCCACCAAGAUGGAAUCAGCCAAGGCAGAGGAAUUCGCAGAACGUGUUUCCAAGAAAGUCGCAGACAUGACCGCUGAAAUUGAAAACUUGAAGAAGCAGCACGCACGCCGGAUGCAGCGUUUCAAUCGCACCUCCUUGCUCAAAGAUGCCGAGUUACGUCUCCGAGAGGCUGCUGCCGACCCAACUGAUAAGGGCCCCGAGAUUUGGAGACUGGAAGGCCGUGUCGUCGUGCCUACAGAGGAAGAGACACCACAACUGGAUUACAUUGAAGAUAAGGCCAAGUACAGGGUCGAUGAUAUUGUCAGGGAAGUGGAGGGCGUAUGGAAGAAACAAAUUGUAGCUGAGCCCAAGGUAUCAUGUGUCGAAAAAGGUGGACUCUUGGAGAAGAUCGAGCCCGAGCACAAAGAUGAGCCUGACCCGUUCACCAACGACCUGGUAAUGGAACACGACGAGUCCCACCUCCUCAAUCAGUUCGGCAGUCCAGGCGUUGGCGGUGGCGUGCCUUCGGGCGUCUCUGUCAACGGACAACCAGUCCCCGGCGCUGAUCUUUCGGGAGACGUCGACAUGGAUAUGGGUGACCAGCUCCAUGGCGGUCCCAAUGGCCAGCCCAGCGAUUGGGUCAUGGUCAACAACGAGAGCAAGGAUCAUGGCGCUGUGGGCGGAGAAUUCGACUUCACCAACAUUGACAGUGCUGGAGAUGCGUUGGCAGCUUACAGCGAGCAACACGAUGGGCUCGAUUUGCCGGAUCUGGAGAACUCGGCGUUUGGCGAUGCUUUCCAUGCUUCGGACAAUGAGCACUCGCACCACCCCGAUGCCGAUGAUAUUUCCUAG